GCGCUGGCUGGCUGGCGACGGCGGCGGCGUUGGCGGCGGGCGGCUGCGAGUUGUUGUUUCCUCCUCCUCCUGCUGCUGCUGCUGCUGCUGCCCGUGGGUUGAAUGGUGGAGCCGAGACUCUCCCCGGUGAACGAGCAGUGACAGCGACCGGGCGGGCGCAUUUCGCUGGGACCCGACGCUGCCGCGGGAGCGCGGCCCGGGCAACCCCCCUUCUCCCCCUUUCCCCCCCUCCCCUCCCCGGUUUUCGCCUCGCCAUGUCCGGGGACGGCGGCAGCCGGCACACGGCGGAGCUGCGAGCGGAGCUCUACUUCCUCAUCGCUCGCUUUUUGGAGGACGGACCGUGCCAGCAAGCGGCUCAGGUCCUGAUCCGAGAAGUGGCGGAGAAAGAGCUGCUGCCCAAGCGCACGGACUGGACGGGCAAGGAGCAUCCCCGGAGCUACGAGAACCUGGUGAAAUACUACAGACACUUGGCACCUGAUCACUUGCUUCAAAUAUGCCAUCGACUUGGACCGCUUCUAGAGCAAGAAAUUCCACAAAGUGUCCCUGGAGUGCAGACAUUAUUAGGGGCUGGCAGACAGUCUUUGCUUCGUACAAACAAAAGUUGCAAACAUGUUGUAUGGAAGGGAUCUGCUCUUGCUGCACUACAUUGUGGAAGGCCCCCAGAGUCCCCUGUAAAUUAUGGCAGUCCACCUAGUAUAGUGGAUACCCUGUUUUCAAGAAAACUAAAUGGAAAAUACAGACUUGAACGCCUUGUUCCAACUGCAGUCUAUCAACAUAUGAAGAUGCACAAGCGAAUUUUAGGACACUUAUCUUCUGUAUACUGUGUGACUUUUGAUCGGACUGGCAGGCGAAUAUUUACUGGGUCAGAUGAUUGCCUUGUAAAAAUCUGGGCAACUGAUGAUGGAAGGUUGUUGGCUACCCUGAGAGGGCAUGCAGCUGAAAUAUCUGAUAUGGCAGUAAACUAUGAAAACACCAUGAUAGCUGCUGGAAGCUGUGAUAAAAUGAUCCGAGUUUGGUGCCUUCGAACUUGCGCACCCUUAGCUGUCCUGCAGGGCCACAGUGCAUCUAUAACGUCAUUGCAGUUCUCUCCACUAUGCAGUGGCUCAAAGAGAUACUUAUCUUCAACCGGGGCAGAUGGAACUAUAUGCUUUUGGCUGUGGGAUGCUGGCACCCUUAAAAUAAAUCCAAGGCCAACAAAGUUUACAGAACGUCCUCGGCCUGGAGUCCAAAUGAUCUGUUCUUCUUUUAGUGCUGGUGGAAUGUUUUUGGCCACUGGGAGUACAGAUCACAUCAUUAGGGUUUAUUUCUUUGGAUCAGGUCAGCCAGAGAAGAUAUCAGAGUUGGAGUUUCAUACUGACAAAGUUGACAGCAUUCAGUUUUCUAAUAGUAGUAGCAGAUUUGUGAGUGGAAGCCGUGAUGGAACAGCACGAAUCUGGCAAUUUAAGCGAAGGGAAUGGAAAAGCAUUUUGUUAGAUAUGGCUACUCGCCCAGCAGGACAAAGUUUUCAAGGAGUUGAAGAUAAAAUCACAAAGCUGAAAGUGACCAUGGUGGCAUGGGAUCGCCAUGACAAUUCUGUUAUAACUGCAGUUAAUAAUAUGACUCUGAAGGUCUGGAAUUCUUUCACUGGCCAGCUCAUUCACAUUCUCAUGGGACAUGAAGAUGAAGUGUUUGUGCUUGAACCUCACCCAUUUGAUCCAAGAGUUCUCUUCUCUGCUGGACAUGAUGGAAAUGUCAUAGUUUGGGAUUUGGCAAGAGGGGUCAAAAUCCGGUCUUACUUCAACAUGAUUGAAGGACAAGGACAUGGUGCAGUUUUCGACUGCAAGUGCUCUCCUGAUGGACAGCAUUUUGCAUGUACUGAUUCCCACGGUCACCUUCUGAUUUUUGGCUUUGGUUCCAGUAGCAAAUAUGACAAGAUAGCAGAUCAGAUGUUCUUUCAUAGUGAUUAUCGGCCCCUUAUUCGUGAUGCCAACAACUUUGUCCUGGACGAACAGACACAGCAGGCUCCACACCUUAUGCCUCCCCCAUUUUUGGUUGAUGUGGAUGGGAACCCUCAUCCUGCAAGGUAUCAAAGACUAGUUCCUGGUCGUGAGAACUGCAGGGAGGAACAGCUUAUUCCUCAGAUGGGAGUGACAUCUUCAGGAUUAAAUCAAGUUCUUAGUCAGCAAGCAAAUCAAGAAAUUAGUCCAUUGGAUAGCAUGAUUCAAAGACUUCAGCAAGAGCAGGACCAGAGACGUUCUGGGGAGGCAGGAACCAGUAGUACCAGCCGGAUAAGCAGAGGAUCUGUAAGCUCUACCUCAGAAGUACACUCCCCACCAAAUAUAGGGUUAAGGCGCAGUGGACAAAUUGAAGGUGUGCGUCAGAUGCACAGCAAUGCACCAAGAAGUGAAAUCGCCACUGAGCGGGACCUUGUGGCUUGGAGCCGCAGGGUGGUAGUGCCUGAACUGUCUUCUGGUGUGGCCAGUAGGCAAGAAGAAUGGAGAACAGCAAAGGGAGAAGAAGAAGUAAGGGUGUAUCGAUCUGAAGAGAAAAGAAAACAUGUAAUGAGUCACAUUCCAAGAGAAAACAAAAUACCUACAUUCUCUAAGAACCAUUCUCAUGAUAAUUUACUGGAUGCUAGUGACUCAAAGAAACAAGCAGCUAAUCAGCACAACUACCGUACGAGAUAUGCAGCAGAAGAAACUGUAAGGCCUGCUGAAGAGUUGGAGAAUGGGCACAGUUCUUCAGAUGAAGGGGAAGUCGUUGUUGCCAGUGGUGGAACAUCAGAAGAUGAUGAAAGAGCAUGGCACAGUGAUGGCAGUUCCAGUGACUAUUCUAGUGAUUAUUCUGACUGGACGGCAGAUGCAGGAAUCAAUUUGCAACCACCAAAGAAAAUUCCUAAAAUUAAAACAAAGAAAGCAGAAAGUAGUUCGGAGGAUGAAGAAGGACCUGAAAAACAAAGGAAGCAAAUUAAAAAGGAAAGGAAAAAGGGUAUUGAGGAGAAAGAUGGACCAUCAACAUCACCAAAGAAGAGGAAACCCAAAGAGAGAAAACAAAAGAGGCUGGCUGUAGGAGUUCUGGCAGAAAAUGGUUUGACGCUGGAAGAAUGGCUGCCUUCAGCAUGGAUUACAGACACUGUUCCUCGGCGGUGCCCAUUUGUCCCACAGAUGGGAGAUGAGGUUUACUAUUUCCGACAAGGUCAUGAGGCAUAUGUUGUAAUGGCCAAGAAGAACAAAAUUUAUAAUAUUAAUCCCAAGAAACAACCAUGGCAUAAAAUGGAAUUGCGGGAGCAAGAGCUGAUGAAAAUAGUUGGGAUUAAGUAUGAAGUGGGAUUGCCUACUCUCUGCUGUCUUAAACUAGCUUUUCUUGACCCUGAUACGGGUAAACUGACUGGAGGAGCCUUCACCAUGAAGUACCAUGAUAUGCCAGAUGUCAUAGAUUUCCUAGUUUUGAGGCAGCAAUUUGAUGAUGCAAAGCAUAGGCGAUGGAAUAUAGGUGAUCGUUUCAGGUCAGUGAUAGAUGAUGCUUGGUGGUUUGGAACAAUUGAAAGCCAGGAACCUCUUCAGCCUGAUUAUCCUGAUAGCUUAUUUCAGUGCUACAAUGUCUGCUGGGACAAUGGUGAUACUGAGAAGAUGAGCCCUUGGGACAUGGAGCUGAUACCAAGUAAUGCUGUGUUUCCAGAAGAACUGGGAACCAGUGUUCCUUUAACUGACGAUGAACGUAGAACACUGCUCUACAAACCUUUGGAUGGAGAGUGGGGUUCCAGGACCCGAGAUGAGGAGUGUGACAGAAUUAUUGCAGGGAUAAACCAGCUUAUGACUCUAGAUAUUGCUUCUGCAUUUGUGGCACCAGUGGAUCUUCAGGCUUACCCAAUGUAUUGCACUGUUGUGGCAUAUCCCACAGACCUCAGUACCAUUAAGCAAAGACUGGAAAGCAGAUUUUACAGGCGCCUUUCUUCGUUAAUGUGGGAAGUCCGGUACAUCGAACACAAUACUCGCACAUUUAACGAACCUGGAAGUCCUAUUGUCAAAUCUGCCAAAUUUGUCACAGAUCUUCUGCUGCACUUCAUAAAAGACCAGAGCUGCUAUGACAUAAUUCCAUUAUACAACGCAAUGAAGAAGAAAGUGUUGUCUGAUUCUGAUGAGGAAGAAGAGAAAGACACAAAUGUGCCGGGGACUUCCACUAGAAAAAGAAAGGACCAUCAGCCGAAGCGGCGGCUACGUAAUAGGGCUCAGUCGUAUGACAUUCAGUCAUGGAAGAAGCAAUGCCAGGAACUGCUGAAUCUCAUUUUUCAGUGUGAAGACUCUGAACCAUUUCGACAACCAGUGGAUCUUCUUGAGUAUCCAGAUUAUAGAGAUAUUAUUGACACUCCUAUGGACUUUGCUACUGUUAGAGAAACACUGGAAGCUGGCAACUACGAGUCACCAAUGGAGUUAUGUAAAGAUGUGAGACUUAUUUUCAGCAAUUCCAAGGCCUACACACCAAGUAAAAGAUCAAGGAUCUACAGCAUGAGCUUGCGCCUUUCUGCUUUCUUUGAAGAACACAUAAGUUCUAUUUUAUCAGAUUAUAAAUCUGCCCUGCGCUUUCAUAAAAGAAAUACAAUAAAGAAACGAAGGAAAAAAAGAAGUAGAAGCAGCUCAGUUUCCAGUAGUGUUGCAUCCAGCCCUGAAAGGAAGAGGAGAUUAAUAAAACCUCAGCUGAAGGCAGAAACUUCUGCCACUUCAUCAUCUUCUGCACCUGCACGGUCGACAGCACUGAGACACGCUCCGCCUCAGAUGAACGGGAAAGCCGCUGAGGCCUCCCUUGUGCGGACUCGAAGCAAUAGGGGGAUAACUGAUGUGGCUGUUACAGAGCAACCAUCUACUUCUUCAGGAGCAAAGCCUUUAACUAUAAAGCCUUUAAUUACAAAGCCUAAUACUACUGCAGGGUCAGGAAAGUCAGUACUGGAGAAUUCAACCAAACAUUCCAAGAACCAGAAUAUUGUAUCAAACCCUUCCCCAUCUGAUUACAGUCAUAGCACUAGGAAUAACUCCACGAAAGAAAAUCCCGAGAAAGAGAAGCAAAUCAAACGCAAAGUAAAAUCUUCCACUGCUAAUCCACAAGCAGAAUGCAAGAAUAAUGCUUUGGCAUCAGGAAGCAUUCAGGUAAAUGGACAUGGAGGACAGCCUUUGAAACCUCCAGUGAAAAGAGGUCCUGGACGGAAGCCCAAGGUGGAGACUAACAACAGUAGCUGUGAAGUGGUGGUGCACAAGAAAAGAGGCAGGAAACCAAAAAAGCUACAAAUUGUUGAACAGCAAAAGGUUGCAGAGCAGAAUACAAUCCAGACCACAAGGGAUAUACCAGAGGAAGCCUCUGUUUCUACUGCAUGCAAUUCUCUUUCAGAAAAUAAUGUGAAGGAAGACUUGUUACAAAAAAAAGGCCGAGGGGGUAGAAAGCCAAAAAGGAAGAUGAAGAGCUGCCAGCCAGGCUCAGACCUCUUAGCUCCUGCAAAUGUUAAAAUGCAAACAAGAAGCAGGAGGAAAAAGACACACGAGCCUAUGGAGGAGGGUUCUGAAGAGCUUAAAGAUUCUGAACCUCACAUGAGAACUAGAAACCAGGGUAGGAGGACAGCCUUUUACAAUGAAGAUGACUCUGAGGAAGAGCAAAGGCAGCUAUUGUUUGAAGACACCUCCUUAACUUUUGGAACUUCAAGCAGAGGCAGAGUCCGAAAGUUGACUGAAAAAGCAAAGGCUAAUUUAAUUGAUGAUUUCCUUACGUUCCUUACCUGAAAACCCAAGGAAGUGAUGGAAGAGACCCUCACUCACCUCACAGAUGAAGUCUUGUCCUUUGGAGAGCUGUGUUCAGUGAAAAGUGAUGGCUAGAACAUUUCCUUUCUCUUGUUUGAGUCUGCCUCCUCUGUUUGCUCCCACUGUGAUUUGGGUGCCAUCAGCAAAUCUGCUUGCUGUUGUACUGACACCACAGAAAUCCGUGACACGGAUGAGGCUCCUGGCCGGCUUUGACGCCCCUGCAGCAGCCCAGCAGGGGCAGCCGCGGAGUUUCUGUUGCUGACACGUGCGCUAUGGAAACCACUGGGGAGCUCCUGCUUCAGCUGUGCCGGCAUCCAGCUGUGACAAAGCCGGGCCAGGGGCUGCACCAGCUGCUCUCUGAAGUACCAACAGCGUUGUGGGAGGCACGACAUGAGGCUGGCUUACAGAGCUGUGCUAUGACAUAUUUUGCAUAAACUUCAUAUGAGAGAACUACCACCGGACUUCUAUUCAUAGCCGGUUCAAGCCACUUGUUCAUCCACAUUCACAGAAAAAAAUACCUAGAGUAGGGAGCAGUGAAGUGUCUUUGACGAAACUUCCUGUUGGAAUGCCUCACAUCAAUGCAGCUGCAGCUCUGCAGAUUUCCAUGCUGCUCUUUGCUCUUCCUGCACAGUAUUUAAUAUCUCAGUGGUACGGAACAGAUUCUGCCGAGCGCAUCCAAAUAACAGAAAGGUUGUAAGGCUCCCCUUGCCUACUGCAUUUAUUUGUAAGAGAGUUCUCUUUCUCAUCCCCAAUGACACUUUGUCCUGGAAAGCUGAAGUGUGGGUGGGUUGGCUAUUCCUAUACAGAACCAACAUUUAAAUCACACCUCAGGCAUUUUUGUGGCUUAAUAUGACUGUAUUUAGUUUCAAAAUUCAAACAGCAAUUGUUGAUUUCUUCACACAAAAAUCUUAUAUAUCUGCAUGAGUGCCUUAACCUCAUUAUUUUUUGGGACAUUCCAAUAUACGUUACUAAGGGUUAUAUCCCUUUCAAAAGAUGAAAAUUAAACAUUUGUUUCUAAGUAACAGUUGUUCUAAUUUUCCAUCACCUUUUGACAUUUACUGUUAUGAAAUAUUUUCUUGCAUAGUAUGAGUCAGUGCAGACUCUUAACCUAUAAAAUUCAUUCACAGUAAGUGACUUAAGGCAGUGACAACGAUAAGAGCUAAGUAAGGAGUGCCAUUUUGUCUGUGAAUUAAGAAGCUGUGUAUUGACAGAAUCCCACAUACAUAUCUCCAAGUAAAAAGUGGAGACUAUUACAUCAGGUCCAAAUUUUUGAUUGUGGUGUCCAUUGGCAAACAUUGGCAUCUUGAAAAUGAACCAUGCAAAGAGAGACUCAGUUGUACAUGUGGCCUGUGCAGUGCACUGCCUGUGUGGUUCACCUGUGGAAUUCCACCACAUGAAGCAGGAAGAGCAAAAGAUUGGUCUGAUGAAAUGAGAACUAGGCUUGGCUUAUGCAUAAAAACCCAGAGUGAAAUAAUUUUCAGGCCUCACAGAAUGAAUCAACCACUUAUUAUUUAGAUUUAUGUAAAAACCUGUAAGCUUUUUUAAUAGUCUUUUGAUUAUGUACACCAUUUAAAAUAUAUCUCAUGCUCUCUAUUCUCGAAUAACCGUUGAAGUUGCAGAAUCUGAAUGUAGUUUAACAAUUCCUAUGGUCUGAGUACAGGAAAAAAGCAAUCUUGUAAUGAAAAAAGGUAUUUUCCAAAAUUUACAUAUGGUUUACUGGUACAAGUGAUGAUUGAAAGAAUAUUCAUUUGCAGUGUUGAUAUUAAUCUUGAGGAGAAAUUGUUCAUGGUCACUGACCCUUUAUUCUCUUUGCUACGGAAGUGAAACUUCUAAGUUUAAAUAUUAAAAAUCUGUAUAAGAAUACUAGAGAAGGUUUUAAAAACAAUAUGAUGGCCAUUUUUACUCCUAAAGGAUAAUUGCCUCUUGGAGAAUCUCAACAAGAUCUUACUUGCGUCUGGAUGCGUGGGCAGAUUGUUUAAAGCUGUGGCUCUCGAAGACAAGGUAGGGUGUUACUGUCUGCACCUAGGAGAUGUCAGCCAUGGUCUGUUCUGAGCAGGAAGGUGUGCCGUGGGGGAAGAAUUGGUACUAUGGAGAGAACAAAACCGAAAGUGGUGAUGAUGAAGCAAAACCCCAUUCUUAUCUUGCAGGUAUUGAAAUGUUUGCAAUCCUUUUAUAUUUGACUCAUGAUGCUGUCUAUAAGGCUUCUUAAGUGGAUUUCUUUACUUAAUUUGUAAAUGGCAGACUGUUUUCCUUUUUUCGUCUCUCUAAACAUGAUUGAUAAUAUUCAGUAAGCAAAACAGUAAACAUAAAAUCCAAGAACUCUUUCCCAUAUUGUGUAAUAGUAUCAAUAUGAUGUAACUAUAUGUAUUUUACUGAAUACAUCAGUGUAAGUAUUUUGUAUUGACCUGUGAAACAGUGGUACAGCUUUCACUUGAUCAAAUGAACUGAUUUAGACCAAUUUCAUAGAAGGUAAAAGAAAUAGUUGACCACUUUGUUCCUGGAAAAAAGCACCUAAUCAGUCUGAAUAGAAUAAUUCUGUAACCUAAAUUGGCAAAAAAGAAUAUCACAGUAAGUUACCACAUGUAAGCACUGUAAAAUACUGUAUGUAAGGCUUAAGCAACUGUCAAUGCACACACCUGUUAAUGCUUUCUAAAAUUCUGUUAAGAUCCCUAAGUCAAAUGCAUACAAAUAGAAAAGUGUCUUUCUUAGUGGAUGUUCCUUUGUAAAAUAUAGUAAUUUUAUAAAAAUAUUGUAAAAUAUAGUUCUGGCAGAAAGAAACAAAGCACCCAUUCUUCUUUAAUUCCCCUAUUAAUCUAAUUAUCAGUUCCCUUCAGGUAGAAGUCAGAAUAAUUUCUGUUAAAAUGUUUAAUAUAUCUGAUCAAAUUUAUAUCCCUGCUAAGUCUCUUUUUUUGUUAAAUUAGAAUCAACUCAGGUUCACAGUCCAAAGCCUGAAUAUGUUAAGUUCUGUGUGGGUCAGGUAAUAAUUCACAGAAGAUUUGGCUACUCAGGAGUCAUUGUCGGAUGGGAUGUAAAAGCUAACACUCCAGAAGAACAACUACAGCCUAGAUAUACUCCAGUGAAACAGGUUUGAAUAUACGAAAUGCUUGCUUUAUUAAUAUAUACACAGAAUAACUCAGGUUAACAUACCCUCAGGAACACUGGUACAGACCAACUUCCUGCUAUCCUAGUGGGAAAUGCUCCAGAGUUCUGUAUCACCUGUACAGCUGAGUGGUACCUUUGCUGCUUCUGCACUGUGGUCCCAGUAUAGCUUGGCUUUUACACCACUGAGUGGCUAAGCUUCGCUGGUCACGACUGUAGUGGCCAUAUCUCAAAUUAAAACUUCUCACUUUGUAUUUAAAGUACCAGUGUCAACCUAUGACGUCUGAAUGGAUUUCUCCUGCUGUGUCAUUGAAGUUGAGAAGCUGUUAAGUCCUUUAUCUGGCUAGCCAUAAUUGGUGGCAUCUUCACUGCACCUAAGAAAUGCAAAUAAUCUUCUGUGUUUAAUCAAUUUCAGUAAGAAAGCAAUGUUGUUGAGGAUCUGGUUACUUGGAGUGUAAAUCUAUUUAAAACCAUAUUUUUAGAAUUCUUAAAGCCUUUGAAUUUCUCUUGCUUAAGUCCUUGUAUUUGAAAAUCAGAUACUAAAUCCUUGUUGACAGUGCUAAUCUGGUAAUACAGUGCUGCAUACUCUGCAUACCACCAACAUGCUGCUUAAGUGGCAGGACGACACAAAUCAUUUAAUCAGAGGUCUGAAAAUGAGGAAAACGUAAAAAUAUUCGCCUAUAGCAGAAGAUUAAUGUUCAGCUGGGAACUGACAUUCAGUCCCAUUUUGUGCAUUUGGUUCCUUCCCUGAUGUAAUUUUAUCCAACUAUCCCUUAUCUUUGGCUUCUAAAACACCUGCAUCCUUGCUUUCUUUUCUCCUCUCAGUAGUGUUAUCACCACCUGAACCCCCAAGAAUUUCCCAGCAGACACUGAUUCUUUUUAUGUACCUUACAUUGUUCUGCUGUCCCAGUGGCCUUGUGUUCAUCUUUAUUGUUUUAAUUUCAAAAGCGAUGAAGGAGUGUAAGCAUCUUUUGUUGGUUUUGAGGUUUUAAUGGCCUUUGCCUAUCAUGUCAUAAGCACUUUGCAAAAUGCCUUCUGACAUUAGGCUUAGGCUGCAGCUUACUGAGCUUGGUCCUUGUAAAUCCCUUAAAACAUCAGCCAGGUUUUCAGCCUAACUUUUCCUUGCCUUCCUCUGACUUCCAGGUCUUUAUGAAAUCCCUGAGCAGAGGCCACUGCCUGUUCAUUGAUUGAUACUGAUUGCUUCAUAAACUUCAUCUGUAUUCAUCCAUCACUUUUUUGUGUUUAAAUCGUGGGUUACUUUGGGCUGGAAUGUUUACGGAUAGCAGUGAAUAUCAUGGCCCAUAAUCCCUGGCCCAGGAUUUGUUUUCACAGGCACUUCUUUGUUGGAAGAUUCAUGUUUAUAUACACAUAGAAGUUGCCUUAGCUCUUUUCAGGGACCAUGGUUGUUGGAGGUGGCACUAUGUUCUGAACUUGUGUCUUCCUCUCUUGGAGUUCAGUUGUCACUUGUAAAGUAAAAAGGGUGGUAGCAGAUGGCCAUUGGGCCUAUGUACAAAAAGCAAGGUUAUUGUAAGUCUUGUUUCUUGCAAGGUGUGCAAGAAAAAGCUAAUUAAACUCUUGACUCUUAAAAAAUGUUUCAGAUAUGCCAAGAACUUCAUGUGCUGCAGUUCUGAUUCUUUAUAUUUAAUUCUGACAUUGGUAAAAUCAUAAAAACUAACUGGAUGUGUAUAUACAUAUAUAUAUAUAUGCACAUAUAUAUGUACACACACACACAUAUAUAUAUACAUACACAUCUGUAUCUCAGGUGGAUUUAGGUUCUGUAAAGCCACUGAAAGUUAACUGAUUAUAAUAUGUAAUCUUUAGUCAUCAUCUCUCUUUGAGGCUAUUUAUUUUCUUUCUAUUUUUACAGGAUCUGAAAGAUACUCCUCGCUAUCGAAUUCUAAUUAACAAAGCAAAUGGAUUUGGCAAAUCUACAGCUUAUGUUUCUGAGGAAGAGAUAACAGUUAUUAUGGGAUUAGAGGUAAUAUUUAUUUUUAUUCAGUUGCAAAUUGAUUGUUGUCCUAUAUGUUUAAAAGUUGGCUGACCUUUGGCUUAAUAGAUGCUAGCUAGGAUGCAAAGUUAGUGAAAACUAAUAGAGAAAGCAGAUAAACAAAUUACUGCUGUACUUUCAAGCAUAGGUUUUUGAAGCUGAAAAAUGACCAAACACAGGUAAUACUCAUUUUAAGGUAUCCAGCUGCUGAGGUUUGUAAGUGUUUUUGCAACUUGGUUUCCAUUAUAUAUAGGCUGUUACAGACAGGCUUUUGUUUUGUGAUUUCUGGGGAUCUAGCAAAGUAUGCUGGUUUCUCAAUUCUACUCUGAAAAAAUCUCCAUUUCAAACAGCUCCUGCUCAGACUGAAGAAUGUCUCCUUUCUUAACUGCAAAACUCUUCGGGAGCCAAAAAUUCUGUUUUGUGUAUCGGGGUUGAAGUAGCUUUUGAUUCCCGGCUUAUGCAAGGCACACCUGAUUUUUAGACUAGUCUGAGACUCUGAGCCAGAAAAAAGCCUUCAGGCAUGCAUGCAUGCAAGGUGGCUUUUUGCAAGGGACCCCUAUGCUGUUGUGGAUGCCUUCUCUGUGGACAGUGGCAGGGUCUGUAUUUAAAAAAACAGUAAGUAUAUGAACCAUUCAUCUAACAAGAGACACUUGGUCUAGUCAAACAGAGCAGAUUAAAAUUGGCACAUUCCUCUGCCUUUUGGGAAAACCUCCCAAAGGAAUUGUGUAAGUCAGAUUGGCCUGAAGACUCUCCAUGCUCUCUCUCAAAACGGUGCUGCUGCACAUAAACCACAGUGUGACACAAUCACCUCUUAUUUAGGCGAAGCCUUAGUUCAGUCCAUUCUGGUGUAGCCACCAAUCGUAAUAUAGAAUAUGCCAAAAUGCCUCAAUUUAGGAGCAGAAACUAUGCUGUUCUAGAUGAGUAUCAUAAAUAUUUAAAACUGGAUUCUGCAUACACUGUCUAGAAAAUGCACUUUCCACUAUGCCAGUUAGCUGGCUAUCUUCAAUUUCCUUAAUACUCCAUCAGGAGAAACAGAUACUUCAUCUUAAAUAUUUACCUUGUGGAAUUAACUUUUAAGGUAUCAAAUAGUUUUAUUUGAUAUGUGGCAUGUGGCAGAUUAAUUCUCCACGCAGAUUAUUAGAGAAACUAUUGGUAACAAACUCACAAAACCAGGUACUUCAAAGUUGUCUAGCUUAUUAAUACCAGAUGGUGAGUCAUGCCUCAAGUUCAAAAGCUCUGUGGACUGCCCUCACUCAGCCUUUUGUACAGCCUAAUAGGCAUAGUAAUUUCUUGAAGAGUUGAGAGAUCAGAAAAUUCUUAGACUUGUCAUGACCCUUUCCCAGCUGACAGUUCUGAGCCACUCAUUGUGGGCUUCCUGCAUCAAGACAAGGCUUGGAUUGUCCUUGGUGGGUUUGCAUCUUCAUGUUGGACCUAAGGCCAUAACCUGGGUCUGUCUUCAUCAUUUCCCUCACCACUUCUUUACUGUUCCUGCUGCCUCAUUGGAUUAGAUAACUGAUCCAGCUAAAAGAAAUACCAAAUAUCUAACAGCAACACAAGUGGAAACUACUUCAGUAAGAAACAAUGCUGAUUUUAAACACUGAUGCUGGUGUAAAUCUAGCUUGUAACAUCUCAUGAGAACUCUUCAACAUUUGUAAAGUACUUGGAGAGAGCUGCUAUUCUGAUGGUUAUGGUUAUGGUACACAGAAAAUGCCAUUGAAAUUACCUCUAUGUACAUUAAAAAUUCAUCAGGAGUUUUCAAACAAUGUAGUAACUUCAAUACUUAAAUUAAGUAUCAGUUUAUUGUCAAUUCUGAUGCUUCUUCAACUUGACAUAUUUUUUUCUCAGGUGUAUCACCCUGAUAUGGAAACCUACUUCAGUGGAUAUGAUGGAUCAAAAUACAUUAUGCAGCCAUGGUUGAAAAAACUCUACCCUCAUGACUGAGUACUUCAGUGUCUGUACGUCUAAUGUACAUCCAUACAACAGAGCAAACAGACACCAGGACAAAAUGUAUAUUUUUUCCUAUGAUGAAAUAAAACAUUCCUAAGCAGG